UAACGAUCAGUCGCUUUUGUGUUGUUGCUCGGGAAACAGCGAAAGCUUCAUUUCGCCAGCCGAACGGUAUAGGAAUGGUUCGAUCGAUCUGGGGAAAAUGUUGCAACGACGAAGUGGAAAUAAUUUACUAUGAUGAACAGUAUCGGGAACGGUCGUUGAAUGUCCUGCGGAAAUCCUUCUUUGUUCAUGAAGCAGUUUGCAUUGGUUCAGAGGUUAAUAUUGAUCCCCAAGCUCAGAAGGAUUUAGAGCAACUCUGCUUAGAUGUUGCUCGCAGCGGGACGUCCCUGAUAGCGAGACAUGUGCCUAGCAAUGAAAUUGUCGGCGUUUCCUUCAAUGUGCUACAGACGCCCAGUGCACCCGAUGACGCCAAUUACUUUGAAUCGUUUCGUGAUAAUCACUGUAUCUCAGAAUGCUCCAAAAACCUUAUGCAAUACAUGAUAACGAUGGACUCUAAAGUUGAUCUGUUUAAAAAAUUCAAUAUAAAUUGUCUACUUGAGAUAAUGUUUUUAGCAACGGUACCCGAUUUCGAAGGUAAAGGCGUUGGAACCAAACUAGUUGAAUGUUCAGUCGAACUUGCGAGAAGUUUGAAGAACGGUGAAGCAAAUGAAUCCAAACACAAACGGCCUGAACUAGUUUCCUCUCUGUUCACAUCGAGAAUCUCGCAGAAAGUUGGUACGAAAAAUGGAUUCAAACAAGUGAAUGAAGUGCCACAUGGGGAGUUCGUGUUUCGUGGUAAAUCAUACAGUGAACGGAUUGGACCCGACCAUCCAACUUCAGUAUUAGUAAUCAAAGAGAUUUAAUCUUUCGAUUACGCAACACCGUAACCGGGAUGCAUAGUGCUAAUUCACGUAUUUACUGAUAAGUUAACAAUUUUAUUUUCUGGAGAACACGUUCUCGUCUGUUAUCGCUGUUUUUUUUUCACAAUAUUCGCGGCAUUUCUGAUAAGUUCAAUGUCUCAUUUUGUACGUCACUUACCUAUGCAAAAUAUGGAGUUUACACAUAUGAUCCUAUAACAUAUAAAAUGACAGAUUUUUUAUUUGGUCGCAAAACUUUUUCAAUAUUUGAUUGAUAUUAAGUUUAUUUCUUUUUUCAACACAAAAGAAAAAAAAAGUAAUAAAAACAAGAAUGUUCAAUAAGUGUU